AUGGCUGACUCCAAGGUCCCCGACACCAUUGCGCCGGCGGAGGAGGCCCCGCGCUACCCCUCUGAGGGCCAUGAGGGCCACGAGGGCUGGCCGUCUGAUUCCUCGAUGAAGGCGAUCAUUCAGAAUGCGAAGGCGGCGACUGAAAAGGAGCAAAGUAUGAGUUUGCUGCAGGGUAUCAAGUUGUAUCCUAAGGCGGUUGCGUGGAGUGUGCUCAUUUCGACCUGCAUUGCGAUGGAGGGAUACGAUAUCAGUUUGGUGAACAACUUCUACGCCUUUGAUCAGUUUAAUCGCAAAUACGGCGAACAGCUGCCGAACGGAUCAUAUCAAGUACCGGCCAGGUGGCAAUCAGGUUUGAGUAACGGUGCCGCUGUCGGUGAAAUCAUCGGGUUGUUUAUCAACGGUUGGGCCUCGGAACGAUUUGGAUACCGCUAUACAAUCAUGGCCUGCCUCAUUCUGGUCACCGCGUGGACGACAAUCUUCUUCACAGCCAAGAAUGUGCAGUCUUUGCUCGCCGCGGAGAUCCUGUGUGGUGUUCCCUGGGGUGUCUUCCAAACCUUGACGAUCACUUACGCCUCUGAGGUGUGUCCCGUCGCACUCCGUGGAUACUUGACUACCUAUGUCAACUUCUGUUGGGGCCUGGGCCAGCUCAUUGGAAUUGGCGUGAUCAAGGGAAUGCUCAACCGUGAUGACCAAUGGGCCUACCGAAUUCCGUACGGUCUGCAAUGGAUGUGGCCUCUGCCUCUCUUCAUUGGCAUAUUCCUUGCCCCCGAAUCCCCUUGGUGGUUGGUCCGACGAGGCCGGACCAAGGAUGCCAAGCGGGCUCUUGAGCGGCUGACUAGCAAAGACCGCGAAACUGACUUUGAUGCCGAUGAGACAAUCUCGAUGAUGGUGCACACUACCGCCCUGGAGGCCAGGAUCACAAAGGGUGCCAGCUAUCUCGAUUGUUUCAAGGGGACUGAUUUGCGCCGGACAGAGAUUGUCUGCAUGGUCUGGGCUAUCCAGAAUCUGAGUGGAAACUCGUUCUCGAACUAUUCCACCUACUUCCUGGAGCAGGCUGGUCUCGACUCAUCUAAUGCCUACAACUUCGCCAUGGGCCAGUACAGCAUCAACAUGGUCGGUGUCUUUGGAGCCUGGUUCUUGAUGACCCUGGGAAUUGGUCGUCGAACUCUGUGUCUGUACGGUCUGUGUGGACUGUGUACCAUGCUUCUGACCAUGGGCUUCCUCGGCCUUGUGCCGCACUCUCACCGUGAUCAGGCGUCCAUGGCCACCGGCUCGCUGAUGCUUGUCUGGGCGCUCUUCUACCAGCUCACAGUCGGUACCGUCACCUACUCGCUCGUUGCAGAGCUCUCCACCCGACGCCUGCAAAUCAAGACAGUCGUUCUCGGCCGUUGCUUGUAUAAUGUUGUCGGCAUUAUCUGUGGUGUCCUCACUCCUUACAUGCUGAACCCCGGCGAGUGGAACUGGGGCAACUACGCCGGAUUCUUCUGGGGCGGCAUCUGCUUCUUGUGUAUUAUUUACACAUACUUCCGCGUGCCUGAGCCUCGCGGUCGCUCCUUCGCCGAAUUGGACAUGCUCUUCGAGCGUGGUGUUAGUGCUCGUCAAUUUGCGACCACCGAGGUCGACGUGUUUGACGAGUCCAUCGAAGGCCGCGUCAUUGAUGAUUACCGGGCGCAGAAGAACGCCGCGAAUGAUGACCCCAGCCAGGUCGAGAAAGACGCUGGCACUGCAUGA